CUUAAUGCAUCUUUAGGGUUUGGACGGAAGGAUAAGCUGGUCAAAUGGUCUAGUCAUGGUGAAUAUUCAGACAGAGAUUUUAUUUUAGUUUUAGUGGUGAUGAAAACUUAGCUCAGGAAAUAGAAUGAAUAAGAAAAGAUACUUUCUUGACCCUCCAGAGGUCAAAGACUACUUGGUCAAAGGAGAACGGUUUACCAAAUGGUCGGAGGACAAAACAAAGACUGUUCCCGUCACCAUGAAGAUGGAUCCAAAAGGUUUUUACGUCUAUUGGAUGAACCAAAGCAAGGAGACAACAUUCCUGGAUGUUGCUACAAUCAGAGAUACGAGAACAGGAAAAUAUGCAAAACUUCCCAAACAUCCAAAAGUCCGCAAUGUCUUCAACUUGGAUUUCCCUGACAGCAACCACCUUGCCAAAACACUGACCAUUGUCUCAGGGCCUGACAUGGUGAAUCUCACCUACCAUAACUUCUUUGCCUCCAAAGAGAAAGUGACUCAGAACUGGGCAGAUGACAUUCUUUCUAUCGCAUACAAUGCUGCAAGAGCUAAUGCAUGUAGACAGGUUUUCCUGGAGAAAAUAUAUGUCCGCCUUUCUCUUCAGACCAACAAGGAUGGGAAAAUCCCCGUGAAGAACAUUUACAAAAUGUUCCCUGCUGAUAAGAAGAGGGUGGAAAGUGCUUUAGCAGCAGCUCACCUCCCAAAAGGAAAGUAUGACACCAUUAAGCCUGACGUAUUUACUGAAGAUGCCUUCAGGACCUUCCUGACAAAUCUCUGUCCAAGACCAGAGAUUUAUGAGAUCUUCACUUCAUAUUCCAACAAACCUACCAUGACGAAGGACAAUUUCACCAAGUUCCUGAAUGAAAAACAGCGGGAUUCCCGGCUCAACGAAGAGCUGUUCCCACGUCUACGGCAAGACCAGAUCAAGGCCCUCAUUGACAAGUAUGAGCCGGUCUCCAAUAAUUCCAACAGAGGUCUGAUCUCUCCAGAAGGUCUUUUGUAUUUCCUGAUGGGUCCAGAGGUAUCAGUUGUCAUUCAGGACAAGCUGGCCAAGUGUCAGGACAUGAACCAACCUAUACCCCACUAUUUCGUCAAGUCCUCCCACAACACAUACCUUACAGCUGGCCAGUUCUCUGGCGUAUCGUCUCCAGAGAUGUAUCGUCAGUGCCUGCUGUCUGGAUGCAGGUGUCUGGAGCUGGAUUGCUGGAAAGGAAAACCUCCAGAUGAAGAGCCCAUCAUUACCCAUGGCUUCACCAUGUGCACCGAAAUCCUUUUCAAGGAUGUGAUCGAGGCCAUCGCUGAGAGUGCAUUCAAGACUUCAAAAUUUCCCGUCAUUCUCUCAUUCGAGAACCAUGUUGACUCUGUGAAACAACAGGAGAAGAUGGCUAACUACUGCAAAACCAUAUUUGGUGAUGCUCUGCUGACAGAGCCCCUGGAAAAAUACCCUCUCAAGCCAGGGCAGCAGAUCCCGAGUCCAUCUGAACUUAUGGGCAAAAUCCUCAUCAAGAACAAGAAGGGAAGCCAUGAGAAGCCAGCCCAGACAAAGAAACCCAGUCCCGCCGUCACUGACCAGACUGCUGCAGCUGAACCUGCCCAAGAGCCAAAUGCUUCUUCUCAGGAUGGAAGUGACCCAGCAGCUCCCACCCAGGAAAACCAAGCUGAGGGAGAGGGAGCUCCAGAAGACAAUGAGGAGCAAGAGGAUACUGAAGAACAGGAUGAGGAGAAAAUGAAGACAUCAGAUGAGGGCACGGCUGGACAAGAAGUGACUGCAUAUGAGGCAAUGUCUUCCAUAGUCAACUACAUCCAACCCAACAAAUUCAUCUCUUUUGAAAAUGCCAAAAAGAAAAACAAGAGCUAUGUCAUCUCAUCCUUUGUGGAAACCAAAGGGGAGGCGAUGAUUGCCAAGACUGCUGUUGAAUUUGUGGAAUACAAUAAGAGACAGAUGAGCAGGAUUUACCCCAAAGGAACACGAAUGGAUUCUUCCAACUACAGCCCCCAACCCUUUUGGAAUGUCGGCUGCCAAAUGGUGGCCCUCAACUACCAGACUAUGGAUUUCCCCAUGCAGCUGAACAUGGCCUUGUUUGAAUUCAACGGCAGAACAGGUUACCUCCUCAAACAUGAUGUGUUGCGCCGUAGCGAUAAAAAGUUUGACCCUUUCUGUGACAGGAUCGACACUGUAGUGGCAAGCACUUUGACCAUAAAGAUCUAUUCAGGACAGUUUCUUUCCGAAAAGAGUGUGAGAACCGGGGUUGAGGUGGAGGUGAUUGGACUACCAGGAGACCCCAAGAAGAAAUAUCGCACCAAGUGGUCCACCACGCCCAAUGCCAUUAACCCAGUGUGGAAUGAGGAGCCUUUUGUCUUUGAGAAGAUCCUGCUUCCAGAAAUGGCAUCUUUAAGAAUCGUUGUGCAUGAAGAGAAUGGGAAAUUUGUGGGACACAGAAUAAUCCCCGUCGAUGCCAUCCAGUCAGGUUUUCAUCACAUCUGUCUACGCAGUGAGAGCAACAUGCCUCUCACCCUGCCUGCUCUCUUUGUGUACAUAGAGAUCAAGGACUACAUCCCUGCUGCCUUUGCAGAUUUCACAGAUGCUUUAUUUAACCCAACAAAGGGCACAGAAAAGACCUCAAAGACCCCUAAAGAGUCAUCAUCUGACUACGUCUCUCCCUAUGAGUUGCCGCUUGUGGAUCAACCCCCUGCAGGUAAAGCCAAGGAAACGGAGGCCUCUGCUGAAGAAAAGGCAUCAUUGGAACCUAAACCAAACACUGACACAAAUGACAGCCCAACUGAGUCUCCCUCUCAAAACAGCUCAGAAGAAGCUAAAGAGCAGCCUGAGCAGUCUCAAACCCUUAAUGCCACUCCUGCUAAAGAUGCUGAACAAGAUGCAGGAAAUAUUGAAACUCAACCUCCUCCUGAAAACACUCCAUCUACCGAGGGAGUGGGCCUAGAAUCAGAGAAAGCUCCUGAAGCCAAAGAGGAUGCUAACCUUAAGUCAGACAACAAAGAGGCACCUGAUGCAUCUUCAUCUGCUUCUGAGGAACAAGCUCCUGUAGAAGAAGCUUCUGUGUCUUCAUCCAUAGCAGCAAAUGCAUCAUCAGAGUCGGUAGAAGCAAGUGACUCAUCUCAGUUGCCAGCUAGUAGUGAAGAGCCUUGCACUGUGACUGUUGAGCAACUCACUCAGCACAAGAACUAUCUGAAGGUCAUCAAGCGCCAGGAGAAAGAGAUGAAAGAUGCUGAAAAGAAAUAUCAGAAAAAAGCUGAAGAUCUGAUUCAGAAAUACUCUGACUCCUUCAAGGGCAUCAAGAAGAAGCUUUCACUAAAGAAAAAAGAGGGGGAGGGCAACACGUCUGACAAUAAUGUGAAGAAAGAGAGAGUCCAGGAGCAAAAGAACAAAAUGCAGACUGAGUUGCAGGCUCUAUGGACAGAACAGUUUGAUCAAAUGAAGAAGAAGAAAGAGCAGUUUGCUACUGAGAGACUUGCUAAACUAUUGGAGACGGCCAUGGAGAGACACACCAUUGAGCUGAAGACCCUGGAGAGUGAAACCAAAGAAAAGAAGAAAGCACUAAAAUGUUCCUCCACAGACAAGUCAAAGCUGAAAAGGGCCAUGAGCACAGAGAUGCUGGAUGAGACGAGUCAGACGGAUGCUGAUUCCGCAGAGUACAGUCCACAACAAGAGGCACUGAUGAAGAAACAGGCUGCUACCCUGGAGGAAGUCAAGGGAAUGACUAAUCAGCUAAUCCAGGAGGCGCUAAAAGAGCACGCUCAGAAAAUGAGGUCUCUCCCAGAAGAAGUGAGGAAUGCUGUUAAUGUGUGCGUGGGGGCGCACUUCCCAGAACAUGUUGAUGAAACUGGGGACAAAAAGCCUGCUUGUGAGAGCUUCUAUGGAAAUGUCUUUGUGGGUUAGAUGUACUUUGUGAUCCUUUGUCUCUUCGCUUCAUGCCUCUUAUAUUAAUGCUUCCAUUUUGUUAUAUAACCUUAAACUGGAACAUUGCUUUAAAGUAGACAAGGAUUGCUAGCAGAGCUCAGAGUGAAUUUUAGAAAUCAGAUGUGCUAUUCAUAGCAGGAGUGUCCUUUAGGAAGUAAAAGCCAUUAAUGUUAUCCACUUGAAUGUACUCUAUCCCAAAGCAAGAUGGUUUUAACAUUUUUUUCUGACAUUAAGAAUUACUUCUUUCUGCACUCCUAGGUUAAAAACUAGAAAUACAUUUUCAUCAUAAGGUUAUUUUUAGUAUAAAUCUAAAAGUCUGUUUUUCCCGUAUCUUUACAAUUGUGUAUUUUGAUAGAGCUUUCGGAUUAGUCAUUCGAAACUGAUUAAUAAAAUAGAAUUUAAUUUUGAAUGAACACAUUUUAAUCUUUAUUUCUCCAUCUCACAAUAGCUUUUGUUUUUAUUUGACUUAUUAUUGGAUUUAAGUGUUUAAAGGACUUGUAAUAUCAAAUACUUGGCAUGACCUUUAAAGUAAAACCUUAAUUGAUUGGCUAAAUAUAUUUCCUCUUUGAAAACCCAAUGUUGUAAUUUCCUUUGUUUUCAUAGAACUGUGGCAGCAUGAGCUACCUUUUGUGGAAUGUAAUAAAGUUCAAUUCAUUCUUCCCUUUAAUAGUAACAUUUGCAAAAGCAGCAUUAAAUAAAAUGAAACUUUAAAAUGAAACUUUG